CCAGAUUCUAGAGGCCAUUGAUUUGUUAACGAACGGGUAGAACUCGAUUGACUCGGAGUUACGGAAGGGGGGAGAGAAGUUAAAUUUUAGGGUUUAUAUUAUAGAUCGAUUUGAUUUUCAUCAUCAUCAAUUCAUCAUCACCUAAAAUAAUCAUCUUUCGGCGUGCGAAACUCGAAUUCCCAGUAAAUUUCAGUGGAUUUUGAUACUCCUACGCAAGAUCCAAUUCACAGCCAUGACUGAGUACUGGGUGAGUCAGGGUAACAAAUGGUGUGACUUCUGCAAAAUUUUCAUAUCAAACAAUCCUACUAGCAUCAGAAACCAUGAACUUGGUCAACGUCACAAGGAUAGUGUUGCCAAGAGGCUUGUUACUAUGAGACAAGAGAAGGCUGCCAAAGAGAAGGAACAAAAGGAAGCUGCUCGUGCCCUCGAACAAAUUGAAACUAAAGCCAAGCGUAGCUAUGAGAAGGAUAUAUCAGCUUUCAAAGACGCCAGAGUUUCUAAUGCCAAUGCAUUUGUUGCUCAAGAGGAUGAUCAAGGGACUGUGAAUGCUGAAGAAGAUUGGGAGUAUGACAGCUCUUCAGGCUAUUACUGUCAUAAAACUAAUGGUUGCUUCUAUGAUCCGAACUCUGGCUUCUACUAUACAGAUGCUUUAGGCAGGUGGGUGACACGGGAAGAGGCAUUUGCUGCAGCUCAAACUUCUUCAAAUGCUGCCCCUAAGAAGCCCAUUUUCAAAAAACCGUCGGUUGGUUCAGAGAGUAGAUCAGUUUCGGAAAACAAAGGCGGAACACAGUCUCAGAACGUGGCAGCUGCAACUGGGCUGGUUGUUUCGGCACCUCUGAAUCCCACGAGAACUGUUAAAGGUGCUCCUUCGUCUCUCACAUUAAACAAGAGAAAGAGGCAAGAUGGGAAACCGAAGAUAUUAUCAGAAGAGGAAAAAGCUGCAAUCAAAGCAAGGGAGGCUGCAAGGAAGAGAGUUGAAGAGCGAGAAAAGCCGUUGCUCGGCCUCUAUAGGCAGUGAUCUGAAUCGACAAAACAAACACUUCUUGUAUUAAGAGGUAUGUGUUGUUUUAACGUGGGUUAAAAGCGUGUUUUCUUCUCCAUUUGCUCUCAUGUUAAAUUGCAAUUCAUUAGGGUGUGUGUCUGAAAAUUGCUGGAAAAUGAUGUUCUUUCUGGGCAUUGCUGUCAUGUUCAAUGGCAUUGCAACUCUUAUUGUAAAAAAUGUAUACUAUUUCUUGUCGUAUGAUCCUUA